AUCGCUUCGCGGACAAUCCAAAACAAACGUGACGUCAUCUGUAAGUGUAACAAGUUUUUCUUGCAAUUUAUGGGGUAAAAUCUAUAGCAAUGGCUGCAGAUUCUCCAAAGAGAAAUAUGAAAUUAAGCCACAAUGUCAUAAGACCACAGGCUUUCAGUGAGAAGAGUGUGAUGGAGAGUGUUGUAGAUUUCAUAUCAGAUGUGGUACCACAGGCCUACACUGGGAACAGUAAACCUGAGGACAAGGAGAGGAUUCAAUGGGUCCAGUUCGCCAAGUCAGAUAUCAAUGAUGUGGCUUCCAACCCUGACCUCAACACAAAUGAAAGUAAAGGUGUACCACUGCUGUUAAUACUAGGUUACGGAAAUGGAGUUCAAGUCUGGAAUAUAGCAACCAAUGGAGAAGCACAGGAAGUACUGUCACUAAGACAAGGACCAAUCAGAAUCUUCAGAGUCCUACCCACUCCAACUCAAGUGUUUGAGAAUCCUGAUCAGUACCAUUACAAGAGACCACUAGCAGCACUGUGUGAUAGUACCAGUGCUGGACAGCCUUACUGCUCCGUGAAGUUCAUUUCCCUGAGGACUGGGGAUGAGGUGCACAGUGUUAGCUUUAAGACUCACUCUGUGCUGAAUAUAGAGUGCAAUAAGAGAGUGAUUGUGGUGGUGUUUCAAGAAAAGCUGAGUGUGUUUGACUCAUGUUCUUUGAGACAACUAUUCUGGGUCAUGAACUGUUUUCCCAACUCUGGGCCCAUUAUUAACCCCAUUGCACUUGGAACAAGAUGGUUGGCCUACGCAGACAAGCGACUUGUUCCUAUACACCAGUCGUGUGGGGGGAUGUCAGGGGACGGGUCACAGUCUUACGCCGCUACAGUCAUCAGUGCUGCCAAGGGUGCAUUUAAAGGUUUGACAAUGUUUGGAGAGGCCAUGGUCCACAGUGUGACGGGGGCAAAAACUCCCUCUGCCCCUAAGAAAGCAGACUCCCCACCCUUGGACAACGGUCACAGGCCGGGCAUUAUCUCAGUCAUUGAUACACAGACAGUGCCAGGGGAUCAUUUCAGUGUGAGUGAGGACAAUGAUGCAGAGGGACUGAUUGCCCAUUUCCAUGCCCACGCCAAUGAACCAGUGUCUUGUAUGACCUUUGACACAUCAGGAACUCUACUACUGACCGCCUGUAAACUAGGUCAUAACUUCCAUGUGUUCCGGAUCAUGGCUCAUCCUUGUGCCUCAUCCCUGGGGGCCAUCCACCACCUGUAUACACUGCACAGAGGGGAGACCACUGCUAAGGUGAUUGACAUGUGUUUCAGCCAUGACAGUAGAUGGGUGACUGUUAGCUCUCACAGGGGGACUACUCAUCUAUUCCCCAUUACCCCAUAUGGAGGCUCUGUCAACACCAGGACUCACUGUAGUCCACGGAUUGUGAACCGGGCCAGUCGUUUCCACAAGAGUGCUGGACUUGACGAUAUGGAUCAUGGGGCUGGUAGGAAUAGUCCGGUGCUGAAUGCCUCCGGCAGUCCAACAUCUACUGGGGGGCAAUAUGACAAUUACCCAAGUUUGCUGAGACACAAUGCCCUGAACAACAGCAUAGGAAACCCCCGUCUCCCCCCAUACCCACACCCCAUAACAGUGUACCCCCUGGCCCAGAUCAAGCAGCCCCUGAUGGCUGGGCGGGGCAGCAGUAAGACUGGGAGCCCUUCACACACAGCUUCUGACAACUGGAUCCUGGUCACGGCCUGUUUCUCCACCCCCAGAGUGUGGGUGGGAGGCACACCAAGUCUGGCUGUGGAUAAACGAGAGGGUAAGAGAGUAGCGGACUCCCUGUUCCUGAUGAGUCAGACAGGGACCCUAGUGGAGUAUAUACUGGACCCAAAGUCCAAGCAACUCUCAGAGAAAGUGACCGACGGAACCCCUCUGGACUUAACCAUCACUGGUUAUACCCAGUGGCAUUUACAGAGGUCAAAAACCUCAGAUGAAGUCCGCCCCCCUCUAGUCAACAACAACCCCCUCAUCCUUGCCUCUGACACGGUUAUGUCUCAGCGACCUAGUUCCUCACAUUCAGAUGGAGGAGACUUGUUGCCAGUCAUCAGACAGGACUCCAGGGAUAGUCUUACAUCAGAACAAAAGAAAGGGGUUGAUCAGGAGGAGUGGCUCUCACAGGUGGAGAUAAUUACCCACAUGGGGCCUCAUCGUCGCCUGUGGAUGGGCCCCCAGUUUUCGUUCAAGACCUAUCAGAAUGUACAGAACACCACGGUCCUGUCCUCCCAGUCCUCCGCGCUCCUAUCCCAGAGUCCCGAGGUCAACCUGUCCAAUAUGGACAUCACCUCCGAUGAAGUCGACUUAGAAAGUCUCAAGAUACAGCCAGCUCGAUCGAGUCCAGUAGCCAUGCCUAAUGCUCGUCCUGCGUACAGACGGACAGGAAGUGACUCUACCUCAUCUCCAGGAAAAAACUCCACUCCCUUACUGAUUGAAGCAGGUAGUUUUGACCAGUCACCAAACUUAUGUGAUGUGUACAGCAGUUGGGCAGAAUCAACUGUUGCUAAGCAACCAAGAGGAAGUGAAGAAUUUGAUGAAAAGAUGAAAGAAAAUUUGGCAGAAGCCAUGUUGGAAUCCCCCAUGAAGGAAGGAGGACCCUCCUGUAUAUCACAUGAUGUGUUUGUGGGGAGCAAUGAGAACCUGAGUACGUCCUCGGGGUCCAGUAUCGGCCUGACCCGGGAACACGUCAUGGACCCAAUGUUCAGCACCAGCAACGAGUCUCCGGACUCAAGUUAGCGACCCGGAACCAGAAGUCAGCUGUAUAGUGACACCGUCAUGACUGGACGUUGACUACGUAUGACGUCACUUUCAUAUGGCUGGUGGGGACGAUGCUUUGGAGUGGAAAAUAGGGCCAUUUGUUGUUUUGUGAAAAAUUUCCCACUGUUUGCUUAUUGCGGCAGUGUUCAAAUUUUUAAAAAAUAUUUAUAAGGGUGAUUUAAAAAAUAAAAACAAAUUUAUACUUCACGUGUAAUCUUAUGACGCUGGUCUGCAUUGAUUUUAAAUUAUUUAUGUUAUCUCAAAUUAUACGAAAUAUAAAGAUAUAAUCUGUUAUGACUUCAGUUACAAGUUAGACUUUAUUUCCUGUGUGAUAGCAUAUAAAGGGACAUGUUUGGUAAUCAAUUUGUUGUCAUGAGUGUAUGGAAGAGGAGCUACAUGUGUAGUCUUAGUGAAUAUACAUGUCUAUAUCAUUAAGUACAUGGUUGUUAUUUUAACUUUCUUGGAAAAAAAUAUUUUCUUAAAUACACGUACAUGUAUGCUUAUUAAAAUGUGAUACCAAAAACAGUAAA